AUGCAGGACCUCCAUGCGAGCGUGGAUGGCUCGGAACUGAAGCUAUGUUCCGAGGAGUCGGCGUCCGUCGCGUUCUUUCGUCGUCCCGAUGGCAUCCCGUCGUCGGACUUCAAAGAGUACGCGCGGAUCAGAAUAAACGCACUGCCGACUCGCAAACGUGUCAACCGCGGGAAAGCCGGUCCGGCCAGGUGCCGGGCUUGCGGCCUCGUGGACGAGACGCUUGCCCAUAUCUCACAGACUUGUCAACGCUCGCAUGAAUCCCGCAUUUUGAGACAUGACUGCCUGGUCAAACGAAUCACAGGCGGUACGAGGUGGAAACGGAGCAUCUCUACAAGUUACAUGGCGGUAAUAUGA